AAUUUUGCUUAGGUAGUGUGCAUUACAUUUUGUGAUUUGUUUGUGUAGCAUACCAUUGUUGAAUAUUGAUUUUGCUGAGAACGAAAUUGAAAUUUUCCUGAAGAAAAUAAAACGAUGAAAAAAUUACGAACCGAUACUGAAGUGGAUUUGAAAUUAUUUCAUGAUGAUUUAAAAGAUAUUGAUCGGGAAUUUAUCCAAAACAUCGUAUCGAUUUAUAAAAUAUCAACAAGUUUUGAUGAAAUGGGUUUUCUAUUUAUGACCAACAAUGCUGCCUAUGCUUAUGGUUGUGAAAUAUGCGAAUGGUUAUCGUUACAACAUGAUCCUAAACAACCACAAAAGAUUGAAAUUUUGAAUAAUAAAAAAAUUAUUCAAAUCGAUUCAGGUGACGGUUUUGUUGUCGUCUUAACUGAUGAUGGACUAGUGUAUCUAGCAAGUGGUGAUAUUGAAUGGCAAACUAACAAUACUUUUCGAUUGAUCUCGACCUGUGAUGAUGAUCAUUUUGAAAUGAUAGCAUGUGGGUGCUAUUAUUUGUUGUUAUUACGACAAGAUGGUACUGUUUUCGCUUUUGGUGAUAAUAAUUACGGUCAAUUGGCCAAUAUUUCAGGUCCAUCGUAUGAUACUCUCGUAAAUACUGGUUUGAAUAAUGCCAAAAUUAUAGCUUGUGGUGGUGAACAUAGUCUAGCUCUCACCAAUACAAAUGAAAUUUAUUCCUGGGGCUGGAAUAAGUAUGGUCAGUUAGGUCUAGGAAAUGAAGAUAAUCGAAAUAUACCCACACUGGUUUCAUUUGCUGAUUGUUCGAUUAAUAGUCCAAUCAAAAAUAUUGUGGCCGGUGAAAGUCAUUCCUUAUUUUUAUUGGAGGAUGGUCAGAUGUUUGGAUGUGGUUUUGGUCAACAUCCUAUGAAUGAUAAAAAACAAGAUGCAUCUUUGCCGACAAAAAUUCCAAUCGAAAAUGUACAAAGUGUUGCUUGUAAAAAUUAUCUUGAUUUUUCAUUGAUUAUGGAUCAAUCAUUACAAUAUUAUGUAUGGGGUAAAGUAAAAAAUGAAGAAUCAUUAUUAUUAACACCAAAAAAAUUGGUUGGUCCACCGAAAUCAUUUGUUGAAGCAUCAAUGCCUUUCGAAUCAUCAAUUACUUUUGGCCUUACACCAAUCAUCCCUGUAUUCGAAUCGAAUGAUCCAAUAUCAUUUAUUGAAUUAUUGGAUAAUCCGGAUAAUUAUGAUGUUGAAUUUAUUAUCGGCGACAAACGUAUAUUGGCUUCAAAAUGUCACCUAAAAAUGUCAUCCAAAUAUUAUCGUCGAAUGUUUUCGGGUGAUUGGCAAGAAAAUAAUAGGGUAGUCGUCAAAGAUUAUAGUUACGAUGUAUAUAUUUCGUAUCUACGGAUGUUACAUACUGGUCGUAUUCGAAUCAAUCAAUCCAAUAUAGUCGAACUUAUUGAUUUGGCUAAUUGUUAUGGUGAUGAACGAUUAAUGAAACAUUGUCGAACAUUUAUGCAAAGCAAUCUCAACGAACAUACUUUAUCCACUUAUCUUCCAUUGAUUAUCAAAUAUGAACUUAAUGAUAUGCAUGACAAACUUAUAGAGUUAACAAUCGAAAAUAUUUUACCA